AUGACGUUCAAGAACAGCCUCAAGUCUGACAACAUCUCCUAUAAAGGCGACACUGAUCAGAUUAAGACGGUGUUUCAGAAUGACCAGGGGAAGAAGACCAUUGAUGUCUACUGGAUAGCUGACGAUGGGGGUCUGACUCUGCUAGUGCCCUACCUGCUCACCAGGAGGAAACGCUGGCAUCGUAGUAAGGUCAGGGUCUUCAUCGUGGGAGAUGAACAAAACAUGGAGGAAGGCCGCAACGAGAUGAUCGCUCUUCUGAAGAAGUUUCGUUUGGAUAUCCACGACGUUACAGUCAUGACUGACAGCGAAAAGCGUCCAAACUCAAAGAACCUGAGUAGAUUUGUGGACAGUGUUGCCCCCUUCAUGCUACAUGAUGAACAGCAGGAAGGUGUCUCAACUCAAGAACAGAGAAAACGUGCCCCAUGGAAAAUAUCAGAAAAAGAGUUUGAGGCCUUUAAACUUAAGACUGAGAGAAAAGUGAGGCUGAAUGAAAUUAUCCGGAGGAAUUCUCAACAUGCUGCUCUUGUGCUCGUGAGCCUUCCUGUGCCUCACAGCGACUGCCCCAGUGCUCUGUACAUGGCCUGGCUGGAUACUCUGACCUGUGGCCUCCACUGCCCCGUGGUGCUGAUACGAGGAAACCAGCAGAACGUCAUCACUUUUUACUGCCAAUAA